GGGAGCCGGUGCGCGUGUGUAGCCCCGCCCCGCCGUGGCGCGAAGCAACUAGGCGUGACCCUUCCCGCGACCCGUCGCGCGGCGGAGCCAGUGCGCAGGGCUCGGCGGGCCCGGCGUCGCUAUGGAGCCAGACGGGACCUAUGAGCCGGGUUUCGUGGGUAUUCGAUUCUGCCAGGAAUGUAACAACAUGCUUUAUCCCAAGGAGGACAAGGAGAACCGCAUCCUGCUCUACGCGUGCCGGAAUUGCGAUUACCAGCAGGAAGCCGACAACAGCUGCAUCUAUGUCAACAAGAUCACGCACGAAGUGGACGAACUGACCCAGAUCAUCGCCGACGUGUCCCAGGACCCCACGUUGCCGCGGACCGAGGACCACCCGUGCCAAAAGUGUGGCCACAAGGAGGCGGUGUUCUUCCAGUCACAUAGUGCCCGGGCUGAGGACGCCAUGCGCUUGUACUACGUGUGCACGGCCCCACACUGUGGCCACCGCUGGACCGAGUGAACUAUCCUCCCCCGUGUGUAAUAAAUGCUGUGUUUUGUGUGUGCA